AUGUCAUUUGUGGCUCAUUGCGCGUCGUACUGCAAAGUUUCAACAAUAAAAAACAUGGCAGCGGCGAACUGCAACAACAGAUCCCUCCGAUCUGUGCCCAAUACUCUGAGGGAUGAUUUAAAAAUUUUUGAUAUUUCUUACAAUCAUAUCAGCAGGAUUACGUCUGACUCUUUCAAACUCUACCCACUCCUGCAUGAACUUCGAAUGACGUACAACAAAAUUAAAUUCAUCGAGAAAAAUGCAUUCAACGGAUUGGCAUUUUUGAGCAUUUUAGACUUGAGCAAUAAUGAACUGAAGGACGUGCCGUACGACUGCCUUGCACUUCUUAAAAGUUUAUCAGAACUCAAGCUUGAUGGCAACCCAAUAAAACUGAUCAAUCCUAAUUUUUUAGAGUUAUUACAAAAUUUAACCGAAUUAAGCUUGGAAAAUUGUUCCUUAACCCAUUUGGAAGUUGAUUUUUUCAAAAAUUUCAACAGAUUAAAAUCACUGAAUUUAGCUGGCAACAAAUUAGUGACAUUAAACAAAGACAUACUGCCAUAUUUAACAAAGUCAGAAAUUUCGUUUCUCAAACUAAAUAGAAACAUGUGGAAAUGCGAUUGCGAGAUGAAGUGGUUGCGCGCGUGGCUGGUUGCCGCUCCGACCGUUUGGAUAGAUAACGAAGGAGGACCGACCUGCCAAACUGGAGUUCAACAAGUAAUCAAUCGUCAUUGGAGAGAUUUGAAGGCAGAACAGUUCGUCUGCCCCUUAACAAUUAUUGCCGUCGGUUGGCUUAGAGACUUUUUAAAAUUUUUAUCAGUAAAUUAUGUGUUGUAA